AUGUCGUCGGCGCUGCGCGGCAGCAACAGCGAGCGCGCGCUGCUCAAUGCCAGCUUCGGCAACGGCCUGUCCGGGUCGCUGGAAACGGAGGUCCCGCUGUCGCACGUGCCGCUGAGCAGCCCGCGCACGCCGGCCACGCCCCGCCACCCCUACCACAACUUCCGGCUGGCGGCGGCCGCCGUCAUCAUGGCCGUGUUCCUGGCCACCAUGGCGGCGCUGGUGGCGGCCACCGUCGUGCGGUGCCGGCGCGAGGGCGGCGCGGGCUGCCUGAUCCCCAAGAAGGCGGUGCCCCUGCCCUGGGGCGGCGUGUCGCUGUGGGACCCGCACCUCACUGUCUCGCGCAUCGCCUUUGGCAGCUGCUCCGCCUACGACAUCCGCAACCAGAGCGUGUGGGACCAGGGCGUGAUGCCCUCCCAGCCGGACGCCUGGGUGUGGCUGGGAGACAUGUAUUAUGGGGACGAGCCGCUGUUCAACUGCAAUCCGGCCAAUUCCAACGCCUCGGCGUGCGCCUGCGAGGCCACCUACAUGCGGCAGCCGCCCUACAUGUGCCCCGCGGGGGAGCUGGACAACGCGCGGGACAAGAUGGUGGCGCAGGUGCACCAGCCCGGGUACCGCGCAUUCCUGCGGUACAGCUGCCCGGGCCACGAGGCGGCCACCGGCGGCGCCAUGGUGCCGCCGGGCGACGACCUGGCCGUCUGCCCCCGCCCCGUGCUGGGCGUGUACGAUGACCACGACUAUGGAGUGUACCUGGAUGCUCUGGGCGUGGCCGCCGACAGCCCUCGGCGGGCGGCGCACCGCGGCAUCCAGUGGCACUACCGCCUCAACCCCGACACGCAGCAGGAGGUGGACCUGGUACUGCUGGAUGAGCGGUACGAGCGUGCGCCGCUGCCCUGUGAGAUCAGGGGUGACUGGUGCCGCAACGUUGUGCUCAAGGACCGGCAGCACCCCAGCCGCGCCUGGUGCGACGACUACCUGCGCACCGGCGGCGCCACGGGGCGCAACGGCUCCUGCUGCAAGGCGGAUGGAGCCAUCUUUUACGGCUGGUGCAAGGAGGCGGGCAGCCAGGGGGACCCACUGUGGGAUGUAGCCUGCAACUACAGCUCACCCCAGUUUGGCAUGCAGCCGCUGGUGGUGCACGAGGGCAGGCUGCAGCCGCGUGAUGUGGAGGAGGAUGCGGCGGAGUCGGAGGAGGACAGCAGCUUCUGUGAGCUGCUGGGCCCGCGGCAGCGCGCCUGGCUGGACGGGGUGCUGGCAGAGGCCAGAGCCCCCGUCAAGCUCAUCGCCAGCGGCAGCGUGCUGUUUGGCAGCACGGGGCUGGGCGAGAACAGCAAGGAGAACGACUGGACGGGAAGGUGCUCAGGCGACGACUGGGAUUGCUACAGGCCGGCGCAGCUGGCGCUUCUGCAGACCCUGCAGCGCCACGCCAGGCAGCACGGCGGCUGCUGGAUCGUCCUCACGGGGGACUACCACUUCAGCGAUAUCAAGGUGGCCAGUCCGGGCAGCGGCCACCCCUACUCUCAGGCAUACGACACAGCCAACUGGGUGACGCCCAUCUAUCAGGUGAUGGCCAGCGGCAUGACCAACAGCACAGCGCGCCCAGCGGCGCCCUGCGACGGAUACCGCAAGGAGCACAGCGGGCUCCGGGUAGAGGGCGACUGCGGGUUUGUGAAGCUGGCGGCGUUUGGCAUGCUGGACUUCGACUGGGCGCAGCGCCGGCUCAGCAUGCAGAUACGUGGCGCCGAGGCGCCGCAUGGCAGCGCCGUGCUGCAGCAGCUGACGAUAUCUCUGGACACAUGCCAGCCGGUGGAGGGCAGAUGA